AUGUACAAAAAAAAAGAUGUGUUGCCACCACCCCUCAUGUGGACCUUAUCCCAUACCAAACUAAACCGAUGUUUUAGCUUGUGCAAUGAAGGAGGCUGCCGUUGCGAAAGCCCACAUGUUCUACCGGAGAGGUGGAAUCUGCGGGUGGACACGCUCGAGCCAAUCGCCUUGACUGUUUGCGUGCGUGGGCGUAAUCUUCGACUUUCUCAAGGUGAUAUCAUCCCCACAGCAGGGUACUAUUUCGCUCUCGGCUUGCUGGAGGUGCAGGCAGUGCAGGCGGUAGUGCCCACCCUCUGCGGCUUUAACCAAAAUUGCAAAUAUGGCCGCUAUUGCCUCUACAUCCAUGCGAAGAUUGACGUGAUGUCUGCCGUCGUGCCCAAUGCGGACACCCUACUAAGGAAGUGGAUCGGGCCCACCGCGCUGAAUUUCCUGUCCAAACAGUCACAAACCAACUUCUUCAACGCCUUAACAGAAAAAGGUGUGGAGACCGUUGGGGAUCUCCAGAUCCUUGGGGACACCGCCUUCGAAUCUCUCCUCGCCAACAUCCCGCCGUGUUGGGCGGAGGCCAUCCUGAUCACGAGCCAGCUUCGCAAGCUCGACACCGAGGCCUUGCUGGAGGACGUCCUGCAGACCUUCCCGCGAGUCCGGCCGAGGCCCGACCUCCCCGCCGGGGUUCAGCGGGUGGGGGACCUGUUACAAAUGUCCCUGGCCGGCUUUUACCACUUCCCCUGGCACCCCCACGUGCUCAACGCCUGUGACAUCAUCCGCGCCCGGUUCGACCUGAACGAGCGGUACCAAGUCGUCCCUCUGGCGAAGGAGCCCGCGGACUCCUUCCUGUGGAAGGUCACCCGCCUCAUCCAGGGCUUCCGCGACGGCCACGCCCACUGCAGCUGGCGGAAGCACAACCCCAGUAGGACGGUGGUGACCUCCGUCCUCACCUACGUUGAUGUGCGGGCCUGUGGCUGCGGGGGGAUCACCCCGGAGGCGGAAGAGGAGGAGGAGGGAGAGAGGGGAGGGGCCGCCGCCCUCCCGCCGAUCCCCCCGGAGAAAGAUAUUGGCUUCCCGGCGCGGUCAUGGUGCUCCUGCCCGCGGCGCUGGGAGGUAGGCGUGAACUACGAGCUCAGCACCCCGAGCGGCUCGCGCUGCUCAGAGCAGAAUGCGAUGGGAAAACUGGCGUCUUUAGGGGUGCCCACGUGGUCUGUCCGUGAGCUUUUCGUCCACGGAGCGAAUGUGGUAAACAUCAACCCGCUCUUUCCGUGCGGGGUGUGCGAUAAUAUGUUGCAAAAAGUUGACAAGGAUGUGCGAACACGGUAUGGCGGCGAGGUCAGGCUUUUUAUGUUCGACGAGACGGUGCCUUCCAAAGUCGUAUACCUGCCAAUGUCUGAAACUUCUAAUCGUGCUGGAUCCAGCUUCAGGCGCUUUGUAAAAAGCGAUUUACAGAACUGA